UAAAGGCUUUCAGCUAAACCAGUCAGUUCGACGCAAGUUUUUAGCUCAGCUGGCGUAUUUAUUGUGUCAUUUAACACAUUUAAACAUUUUUUUCUACAGUGUCAGUUUCUGGAAUCGUUUAGGAAUGGAUAAUAUCGCAUUUUGUUUUGGUUUUGUCUUGUGUCGGUUUUGAGCGUUUGUUUCUGUUGAUACAUUAGCAGAGGGCGUCCUGGAUAUACACUGAGCCGAAGAAUCACUCAGCGAAUCGGUUCAUUCGCAGCCUGAGAGCUAGCAUUGCUGCUAACCGCUGCCGCGCCUGCCUUUCAACACUACAGUCAGGUGGCGUGUGUGUCCAGAUCCAGAAUGCAGCUGUGGUGAAAGUGCUACUUGUUCAUGAUGCUGCUGUUGUUCGUGCUGAUGAUGGGUGUAUUGGGCGAGAUUCAGGCCUGCUCGAACUGCUCACUGAAUGCCUCUAAGGCCUGGUGCUAUACGGCAAGAAUCCGGAGCACUGUGCUGCAGGGACUUCCGUUCGGAGGAGUGCCCACUGUCCUUGCCCUCGACUUCAUGUGCUUCCUGGGGCUGCUUGUUGUGUUCUCCUUCCUGAGGAAAGUAGCUUGGGAUUAUGGGCGCCUGGCUCUGGUCUCAGAUGCAGACAGGCAGGAUCAGUGGUACCGGCGUCUGGACGAACGAGAAUAUGUGGCCUCCGCAUUGCAGACACCAGUGGAUUCCCGUUACGAGCGCUUGACUUCGGUUUCCAGUUCCAUCGACUUUGACCAAAGAGACAGCGGUUUCUGUUCCUGGCUAACGGCUAUCUUCAGGAUCAAAGAUGAUGAGAUCAGGGAGAAAUGUGGCGAGGACGCAGUACACUAUCUCUCCUUUCAGCGCCACAUCAUAGGUCUGCUGGUGGUGGUGGGUGUGCUGUCAGUGGGCAUUGUCCUGCCUGUCAACUUCUCAGGGGACCUUCUGGACCAUAAUGCAUACAGUUUUGGAAGAACAACAAUAGCCAACUUAAAAUCUGGGAACAACCUGCUGUGGCUGCACACAAUCUUUGCAUUCCUUUAUCUGUUACUGACCGUCUACAGCAUGAGGCGACACACCUCCAAGAUGCACUACAAAGAAGACGAUUUGGUGAAACGCACUUUAUUCAUACAUGGAAUCAACAGAUAUGCAGAAGAAAGUCAAAUAAAGCUGCACUUUGAGCAAGCAUAUGAAAAUUGUGUUGUACUGGAAGCUCGCAUUUGUUAUGAUGUGGCCAAGCUCAUGUAUCUGGACUCAGAAAGGAAGAAGACGGAACGCAGUAGGAAGUUCUACACCGACUUGUAUAGCAAGGAACAUGUGCACACUAUGAUCAACCCCAAACCAUGUGGCCAUCUUUGCUGCUGCAUCAUAAAGGGCUGUGAGCAGAGGGAAGCAAUGAACUACUACACUGAGCUGGAGGCCAAGCUGAGAGAGGAUUAUAAGAAGGAGAAAGAGAAGGUCAGCACUAAGCCUCUGGAUAUGGCCUUCGUCACCUUCCAGAAUGAAGCCAUGACUGCAGUUAUUCUUAAGGACUUUAAUGCAUGUAAGUUUCAUGGCUGUCACUGUCGGCGCGAGCCCAAAUCCUCACCCUUUAGCAGUAUCCUAUAUACACACAACUGGUCAGUCAGCUACGCUCCUGACCCUCAGAAUGUCUACUGGGAACACUUGUCAAUAGGCGGCGCAUCCUGGUGGCUCCGCUGCUUAAUUAUCAACUGUUUCCUCUUCCUCUUGCUCUUCUUUCUCACCACUCCUGCCAUCAUCAUAUCUACCAUGGACAAGUUUAAUGUUACAAAACCUGUGGAAUACUUAAAUAAUCCCAUAAUCACCCAGUUCUUCCCCACUCUGCUCUUGUGGUCCUUCUCGGCCCUGCUGCCCACCAUCGUGUACUACUCUGCUUUCUUUGAGGCACACUGGACACGUUCUGGGGAGAACAGAACCACUAUGCAUAAGUGCUACACCUUCCUCAUCUUUAUGGUCCUGCUGCUGCCAUCUCUAGGACUCAGCAGUUUGGAUGUGUUUUUUCGAUGGCUUUUUGACAGGAUGUUCCUGGCUAACGCUAAAGUGAGAUUCGAAUGUGUAUUUCUUCCAGACAAUGGGGCUUUUUUUGUUAACUAUGUCAUCGCCUCUGCCUUCAUCGGUAAUGCCAUGGACCUCUUGCGCAUUCCGGGUCUGCUCAUGUACAUGAUUCGUCUGUGCUUGGCUCGCUCAGCAGCGGAAAGACGCAAUGUAAAGAAGCAUCAAGCAUACGAGUUCCAGUUCGGGGCAGCGUACGCCUGGUUGAUGAACGUCUUCACUGUAGUCAUGACCUACAGCAUCACCUGUCCGAUCAUCGUUCCUUUUGGGUUAAUGUACAUGCUAUUAAAGCACCUUGUAGACAGGUAUAAUAUGUACUACGCCUACCUGCCGUCUAAACUGGAUAAGAAGAUCCACUCCGGAGCUGUGAACCAGGUGGUGGCUGCACCCAUCCUGUGCCUCUUCUGGUUGCUUUUCUUCUCCACUGUACGCACAGGGUUCCUCGCUGGCACCUCGAUGUUCACAUUUGUGGUUCUGAUCAUCACCAUCAUAAUUUGUGUCUCACACGUCGUGUUCGGACAUUUCAAGUACCUGAGCGCGCACAAUUACAAGAUUGACUCGCAGGAUGUGGAUGGAGCAGAGAACGGACAGCCUCCUGGCACCUCCCCACCCAUCAAAUCUGCGCAGAAGUACAUUGCACAGGUUCUGCAGGAGCAGGGCCCAGACGAGUCAGGCUCUGGGAGCGGUGAGGAAUACGGCCAGAGUUCCUCGCAGGAUGAUGAUCUCAUGGUGCCAGGCUCUGUUGUCAAUGAGGUGGAUUUCCAGUCAGGAGAGGACAGUCUCAUCGACAACGAGGUGCACCAGUGAGGCACACCGCAUUCAGUAAAUAGAGCUAAAUAGACUAUAAUUAGAUCAAAAGCAAACACUGUACUGAGAUCGGAUAAAGCUGUGCUCCAGGACCCUUAUGCUGUCCGGACCAAGAGGUCACACCUAGAUAUGUUCCUUCCUUUGGGCUUGGAGGGCAGCUAGCAAACACUAACAAGGCUUGACCAUUACCUUUCUUACUUGAUGUGGAAAAAGCCACUUGUGCUACUACACACUAACAUUAAAUCUAAUCAAGUUCACUAAGGCACUCCUGCUGUUCACGUCAUGUACGACUGGCUCUCAAUCACCUACGUCACCUUCGGAUAGAGGAAUCUUUAAUCAUCGCAAAAUCUAUUCCUUUAGCAUUAUUGAUGAUGUUUUUGGUUUUGCUUUUGGAGAAAUCAUUGUAUUUAUGCAUUAUGCACCUAUUUUGUGUUACAAGUCUGACGUUUUUAAUCAGUAGGUUCACAGGUUCAGAAAAGUAAACUGUUCUCUAUACUGUAUGUGAGUAUUUAUCUGGAAACACUCCAACUUACUAUGUUUGCAAAUACAGGGAUUUUUUUUUUUUUCCAAUUUUUAAAAAAAAAAAAAAGCAUGUGUCAGUUUUGCAGUGAUGAGCCAAAAUGUUAAUGUUAUGAAUGUUCUUUGUGGCUUCAGCUAUAACUGGAAAAAAAACCCAUUAAGCAAGCACCAAGUACUUUGCUUUCCUGCAGUGUUUUAAAGCUGACCUAAACACGAGCUGCCUUGGCUCUCCUACAUUUCCUGUCUCAUCAAAUUGUUUUAGCACUACAUGGAUCCAUGCUGAAGCAAAGCCGUCUGUCCAGCAAAACAUCGAGCUUAAUAACUGCAAAGUUAUUCGUUAUUGUCAGGGUUAGGCUGCAGCGGUGCUCUCAUUUAUAAGGGGACUACUUUAAUAAACAGACUAUGGGGUUAUAACACUGAUUUAGAUGCCUUUACUACCUGAUUGUAAUAUGAUCUUGUUAACUCUUGAUUUUGUUGGAUGUUCUCAAAGACAGACUUUUGUACAGUCGUCACGUCCUUGCACGUUCUAGCAUGAAAGUUGUGUAUUUUUUUUUUUCUCUUUAUUUUUUAAAAGUCCUCUCUAUCCUGCCAUCAAUUCUAAACAAUGUAGCAAUUAAUGUAGUCAAUCUCUGUCUGGUCUGGAGAUACAUCUGUGUCUUUGUGGAUUUCGAUGUGUCUAAUUUGCUUUAUAGAAGGAGCGACUAAAUGAUCGUUGUGGGACGUAAAAGCAAUAAAAGAGAAAGGGAGCAUAUCACUGUAAAAACACAUGCCAUCUCAACAGGCCCUGGAUGGUACUGAAAAAUGACUGCAGAAUAAUAGUCCAUGUAUUUUUAAUUGUUUACAUGUCUGAUGUUUGGCCUGCAAUGUUCAGCCAUGAAACCACGGUGAGUUUGUUUCUGAGCCUAUGACUGCACAUUAAGAGGAGAAAUGAAGCGAUGCAAAUAUUUUCUGUACUGAUGCUUGAUCAAUAAUGUAAAGCAUAUAAUCUCACUAAUUUAUGAACAGCAGUGACGCUCCUACUCAUGUUCAGUGGCAAUGAUACUGCUCCUCGUGUUACUGUAAACAUGACUCAUGGUGAUGUAAAACACUCAUGAUGAAGCAGCACAUUUGUGAUUGAUACACACUUUUAGUCCUCGGCUUAAAGAAAGUCGCUACGUUUGUCUGAUUCAUUUGUUCUUGUGUUUCUGGGGGAAGUUUAACCCAGUAGAUGACGAUAAAAUCAUGACAUGACCUGGAGGCUGCACUUUACGCACACAUCGCUAUCGGCGUUUCCGUUUGUAUCUGAGAUUUUAUUUAUUUCAUCUGUUUCUCUUUGGAACAGGUGACCACUGUAUGACUCUAUAAGCUGUUGGAACUACAUUUUGUGUGUAAAUAGACUGUCACUGCACUGCUCUCAUGAACACAAAACUGUGGCAUUUAAGGACAUGUUUACAGCUCAAACAUGUACAGCCAAUUAGUUUUUGUUUUUUGUUUUUGUUUUCCUCAAGAACACUGGAAUGUGGAAUGCAAACCGUGAUUCUCUGAACUGUUUUCUAUCGUAGCUUCCCUCUUUUUUAUAAUGUCCACUUCAGAGCCUUCCAUGUCUUUAAACAAUAAAUUCAGCCUUUACUGCUAAAA